UGAUGUUUGUUGUGAUCUACCGUCGUAGAGAUGUGUAUCAACAUAAUCACGAUAAAAAUAACAAAAGCUUGAUGAUCAUUGCAACAACGAAAGAAACACAACGACCAUGAUGCCAACACCAACCAUAUCAUUGGCGGCCACUACACAUUCGGUGAGCAAUAACAAUAACACGGCCACCACCAACGCGAACAACAAAAACAACAACAACGAAAAAAUCAAUCAAGUUAUAACGCCAAAUAAUCAUCUUGAUUCGAUUAUAAUAUCAACUUCAAACGAUAAUACUAAUGGAUUUUGUUAUCCAAAAUCAGUAAUGGCCAAAUCAUCGAUUGUAUCGAAUAUUGAUCCAACAAAUAGUGACCAAAUUUCAAAUAAUGAUCAUCAAUCUCGUUUACGACGACAUAUGACCGAAGAAAUGAAUGAAGAUUCCAUCUAUAAUGUAUAUCUAAAAAAGAUAACCUAUACUUGCAAUAAUAUUUUAAAUAAACAACAAAAAUUACAAAGUGAUAAUUUCAUCACUCGUUGUGAUCAGGUUGAUUAUUCGUCAUCAAAAAAUUUAAAAAAAAAUGGCAAUAACAAAAUGAAUCAUAAUCAACAACAAGACGAUCAACAGAGCUUACAAUGGGAAACAAGACAAUUACGACAGAUCAAAGCUGCCACUAUGGAACAUUUAGUUCAAUUCAUUUUACUACAAACUGAAUAUCAACAGCAACAGCAUAAUAAUUAUAAUGAAUCAAAAUCUAGUCAACAGCAUCAUAAUGAUCAUAGCGAUAGUGAUGAAGAAUCUCAACUAGAAUCAAGUGAUUUGAUGGAAGAAAGAAACAAUGUUGCCCAUGUAAUGCAUGUUUUGUUCGCAACUUAUCGACAAUUUUACUAUCCAUGGCAAUUGUUCACCGAAAUUAUCCGACAAAAGCCGUUUGUCAGUACCAAACAAUUCAACUUCAUCCUAUUCUAUUGGUUAAAUAAUUAUCCAGAAGAUUUUUGGACACCAUGUCAACCAUCAAUGGCAAAUUCAAAUACGAAUUACAUCGAUGAUCAAGCCAGUAGCCAUAACAAUAAUGGUAGCCCUGAAAAUGGUAAUCAAUUACUUGACGAUCAAUCAUCAUUGUGUAGUGAAUACGCAUCUUCUUCUUCAUUGUCAUCGAAUCAUGCUAGCUACACGACACCAAGUUUAUCAUUGUCAUCCACAUCGAACAAUGUAUCUAACAAUUCAUCAUUAUCAUCAACAUCAAUAUCAUCAUCUAGAUUCUCGCCAUUAACCUUGGCUGAUCAAUUGAUUUCUCUAAGGCAUAUCGAUGAAGAAGUAAAAAAACAUUGCCUUCAUUUGCUUGAUAUGAAAAAAGAGAAUACAACCAAUUCAUCAACACUCAACUCUCAUUCCUCUAUACAUAAAUCGGUAAAUAAAUCCUCAUCUAUUAUUGAAUUGGAUCCCAAAUUCGUAGCACAGCAAUUGACCGCCAUCGAUCUGGAAAAUUUCCUAGCAUUAAAACCAUAUACAUUAUUAUCGAAUGUAAGAUCUAAAACAAGAAUCGAAACAAUGAUUCGUAAUUUCAACCUAUUAUCUCGACAUGUGAUUAUCACCAUUUUACAACAUUCAACACCCCACCAAGUUACAAUACAUUGGAUAGAGAUAGCACAUCAUUUAAGAAAGAUGAGAAAUUUUAAUUCAUUAAAAGCCAUCAUAGCCGGUUUGACUAAUGAAUCCAUAUAUCGAUUGAAAACCACUGUCUGGAAUAAAUUACCUCGAAAUUCAAUAACAACUUUUCAAAAUAUGUCUUCAAUUGUCGAUGAUGUUAAUAAUCAAACUAUGUUGCGUCACACACAAUUAUUCAUUGAGGGCACAUCUAAAGUCAGUCUGGAAGAUUCAUUCGGUACAGUGCCAUAUCUGGGAACGUUUUUGACCGAUAUAACCAUGAUCAACACACGCUAUGAAAAUUAUAUUAAAACUGAAAAGGGCAAAAAAUUGAUCAAUUUUGAAAAAUGUGCAAAACAAUAUGAAAUUUUGAUGCAAAUGCAAUUGUUACAAAAAAAUGCAAUCGCCGGUUUACAACAACAGCAACAACAAAAUUAUCAACAUCAAAUCUAUAGUCUAAAUCAUUAUCUAUCAUUACGAUCCCAAUCGGUGCCAUCCAUACCUCGUGUGGCAAGGAUUUUUCGAAAUUGGUUCCAACUCAACGAAUCCGAUCUACCCAGUGAUCGUGAAUGCUAUCAAAUAUCCUUAGGAAUUGAAAGCCCGUCAACAAAGAAUGGCAAAAAAUGAUCAUCAUCAUCA